AUGUGGACGAGUCUAAUUGUAUCACUGCUCCUGGUCCAAUGCCUGCUUGCCGGGGCAGCGCCUGCGCUAAAGGAUCUGGACGCGGGCACCUGGAGUGCGGAUGAGGCGUGUCAGAAUGUUGAUAAGUCGGUCAUAAUAGCGAACCAGAAUGACUCCACAUGCGCUACUUUCGUCUAUUGUUAUAAAGUCGAUGACUCAACGAGGGCUCUAAUCAAAAGCUGCAAGAGCGGGCAAUUCUUUGAUGCCGAUCUCAAAUUCUGCAGUGUCAGCAAACCAGCUGGAUGUGUCUAAUGUG